GUGAGUUUUUCUUUCUUUUCUUUUCUCUCCUCUUUUCAUUUUCUUUCCCUUCUCAGUGUCAGUGUGUUCUGGGUUGGGGACAGCGUGGCUGGGCCUCGUAGGCGGUGCAAAAGUGCCUGGGUACUCACGGACCUGAUGGGGCUGCCAAGGACCAGCCAGCACAUCUUAAUCUUCCUCCUGUUUUUCCAGCUGGGCGUCUCCUGCAGAGACUGCUGCUUUGAGAGGCCACCGCCUUACCCAGAUGGAGACUCAGGUCUGGCACAGCCCCUCCCAAGCAGAGAGCCACAGCAGGAUCUGCCUCAUCUUGUCCCCAUCCUACUGUCCAGGCAGUUCCCUGGGAAGGUGGGGAGCCAGUGCCCAUGCUGAAAAUCUAAUCUACCUGAAUAGGGGGGCUCAGUCAAUCCAGCAUGUGCAAAGUCCUGAGGUGGAGUUGGCGCUACAACUGUAAUGUCCGGAAAACUGCCGGAAGGGCGGAGAAGGGCAAGCAUGAGGGCUGGCAGAAACCUCGGGACACUUCCGCUAGCAGUCUGCCUCUCACACUCCCACCAUCUCUCCCAGGCUCCUUGUCCGGACCCAGGAACUUGAGCUGUUACAGGGUUUCCGGGGCAGAGUAUGAAUGCUCCUGGCAGUAUGAUGGCACUGAGAACAAUGUCACUCACUUCCUGAGGUGCUGCCUGACUCAUCACUAACCCUCCUUCUGCAGCUUUGGCGGUGGGCGCUGCUGUUACUUUCCUGCAGGCAAGUCCAGGACUGUGCAGUUCUCAGAGCAGGCUGGCGUCCCUGUGCUUUCUAACGUCACGUUUUGGGUGGAGUCUCGACUCAACAACUGGACCAUGAAGUCUGAGGAGAUAUCUCUGUGCCUGUCCCACUGGAUCAAGUUCGACCAUCCCCUGGGAAACGUCAAAGUGUCGCGUUCAGAUGGGCAGUUACGCCUGGAUUGGAAUGUUUCCGAUGAAGUCCCUGCUGAGGUGGAGUUCAGGCGCCGGACCCCCACAACAAAUUGGACAUUGGGUGGCUGUGGACCCCAGAUGACCUCUGGCUUAGGUAUGAUUGGGGACAUUCAGGGCAGUAGUUCUGAUGAGCAUGAAUGAUCCUGUCUUUGCCCUUCGGAGAACCAAGCCCAGGAGUUCCAGAUCCGGGGCCGUAGGUGGCAGCUCUCCUUGGGGGCUCCUGGGGGUCCCUGGAGCAGUUGGAGCAACUCUGUGUGUGUUCCGCCAGGUGAGAGGGCCCUGGCUGAGGUCAAGUUCCUGUUGGAGCCACUGGGGCAAGGUGGAAGACGGCGGCUGACCAUGCAAAAACAGUCGCCACAGCCUGCUGUCCCUGAGGGCUGCCUGAGUGUCAAGCGCGGUGCUCACGUGACGUACUUGGUGGAUGUGAACAUGUUGUCCUGUUGUUGCCAGCAUCAGCCCUCAAAGACUGUGUCCCUGGGCAAGACGCUGAGCCUUUCUGGGGCUGCCUACGAGCUGGCCGUGGUCAACCAAACUCGCUUCGGCCGCAGCUCCAACCAGAAGUGGCACAUUCCUGCCCAAGACCUUGCAGAGAUGAGAAACCUGAAUAUCAGCGUGGGAAACAUAACAUCCAUGUACUGGGUCGCCCAGGCUCCAGACACCACCUACUGCGUGGAGCGGCAGGAACGGGGCCGGGACGGGAACCACACCCACUGUACCCUGAUUGCACCACCAGAAGACGGGGGACCCCGCCAGGUGACCCACAGCUGGAGCUCAGAGCCUGCCCUGGGCCAGGGGCGAUGUUACCGCCUCACUGUCUUCGGCUCCAAGAAUCCAAAGAACCCAGUGUUGUGGUCCACGAUCCUGUCCAGUUACUUCUUUGCGGGUAACGCCUCGGCAGCAGGGACCCCGCGCCACUUGUCGGUGAGGAACCACAGCGGGGACUCGGUGUUCGUGGAGUGGGCGCCGUCGCGGCUGAGCGCCUGUCCGGGGAUCCUGACGCGAUACAUCGUGCGCUGCGAGGCUGAGGACGGCGAGUGGGCGUCAGAAUGGCUCGUUCCACCCACAAAGACCAAAGUGACACUCCAGGGACUGCGCAGUGGCGUGGUGUACAAAGUCCAGGUGCGAGCCGACACUGCGCGGCUCCGAGGCGCCUGGAGCCGCCCCCAGCACUUCAGCUUCGAGGUGCAGAUUUCCCGUUUAUCCAUCAUUUUCGCGUCCCUGGGGAGCUUUGUUGGCGUCCUCCUUCUCGGCGGCCUCGGAUACGUUGGCUUGAACAGGGGUGGCCUGGCACUGUGCCCACCGAUGCCCCACACCUGUGCCAGCACGGCUGUGGUUCCUGAAAGCCAGGGCAAGCAGGCUUGGCAGUGGCGCAGCCCUGAGGACUUCCCGGAGGUGCUGUGCCCGCGAGAGACGUGGUGGUGGAGGUGGCCCCGGACGCGGGGGACGGGACGGGGUAGCAGGCUGCCCCUGCGCCCGCCCUGCACACCGCGCAGUCGUUGAGGACGGGAGAGACAGAUGCCCGGACGCCCGGAGGCCAGGGGCCUGGACCAGCACUGUCCCCACGGCGGCCUGGCCCACGAGAGACUCCCGCUGCUCCUGGGGGGUGUGACCCAGGGAGCCGCCACAUUUGGCGAUCUUUGGUGGACUCAGAGGACUGAUGAGCCAGGACACUCCGGCCGACCUGUGGGUCAAGGGGACUGAUGGGGGCAAGGCUGGGGCCCUAUCACUGGUCUCUGCUUCGGGUCCUUCAGAUUGAGAGGACCUGGUCCUGCGUCCUGGGCUGGCCUAACCCCACGAGCACUAGACAGGAGUCUGGAUAUUAGAGCAUCAUAAGCGAGGUGACUGCGGGCACAGCACUGUAAGAGCAGUGGGCCGCAGGGCCUAGACUCUGCGGAGGAAGCUACACAUUCAGACUCAGUUUCCCGUGAAGUACUGAGCACUUAAUAAAUGGGCCUUCCCAGUGACUGACAGCUGAA